UCUUCAACAAGCACCUGGGUACUUCCGGUUUAGAACGUUUUGCGGCAUGUAAACAAACUUAUUUUUUUAGCCAAUUUUGGGUUUAUAGAGAGUUUUUGUAGAUAAAAAAACGGGUUGGAUGUAUGAAUAAAUACCAAAUAUAAACAGCUAUCAUUGUAGAGAAGAACAGAGCAAUAUAUAUCCAUAAUGUCAAAAAUAAAUAGGGUACCAGGCUAUAUGCAGUCAAAAGGAAACAGGAACAGAGGUCCAAUCGGUGAUCGUGAAAUCAGAUACAAAUGUUCGAUGCAGAACACCAUAUUAGAUGUUUUGAGGGCUCGUCCAGGCUGGCAAGAGGUGUCAGGUCCUAAUACAGCAGGAAACCAGCAGCAACAAGGUCAGAAAGGUUCAUCUUCUGGUAGUCAACAGUCGAAGGAUAAAAACGGCACAACAGGGGCUUCCUCUUCAGGAGGAACGACAUCAGCAAAGACAAGUACCCAGAAUUCCACUCCCAGUAACCAAGCAACAGGCUCAGCGACAACAUCAUCAAAAUCAAGCUUUGUUAAUAGGGGCUUUCCAACACCCCAGCCAACCCCAAGAACAGUUGAUGGGGAUUGGGAUUUUUACUGGUGCGACAGAGAGUGGCUUCAUGCUAAUUAUGACACAAUGUUUCUUCAGGAACAUCAGAAAAUUUUACACUUUAGGAAUCAUUAUGAGUUGACAAGAAAGAAUUUGAUGGUAAAGAAUCUAAAACGUUUAAGAAAGCAGACAGAGAGGGAAAUGGGCAAAAAAGAGGCGGAGAGUUUCGAUUUCUUUCCAACAACCUAUGAAUUACCUAGUGAGUAUCACAUUUUUGUGGAAGAGUUCAAGAAAAAUCCAGGAAUUAUUUGGAUUAUGAAACCCGCAGCAAAAUCCCAAGGCCGUGGAAUUUUCUUGUUCCGGAAGUUAAAAGACAUCACUGACUGGAAAAAGGGAGAGUAUCAGCCCCUGACUGACCCUAACAGAGAAGUUCCAGAAACAUAUGUUGUACAGAGGUAUAUAGAGGACCCGUAUCUAAUUGGUGGCCGAAAGUUUGAUAUCCGAGUCUAUGUCCUUGUAGUCUCAUACAAUCCAUUAAAAGUAUGGCUCUACAGAUCAGGAUUUGCUAGAUUUUCUAACUCCAGGUUCUCUUUAGACUCUAUUGAAGAUGCUUAUGUUCAUUUAACAAAUGUUGCUGUACAGAAAACGGCCCCGGACUACGACCCUGACAAAGGAUGUAAAUGGGCUACACAACAGUUACGACAGUAUCUCACGGCUAAACAUAGUGCCGAUGCUGCAAGGAAAGUGUUUCAAGGAAUAGACAAUAUCAUUAUUAAAAGCUUACAAAGUGUUCAGAAAAUCAUCAUAAAUGAUAAACAUUGUUUUGAAAUGUACGGCUAUGAUGUGCUUCUAGAUGCAAACCUCAAACCUUGGUUAAUAGAGAUAAACGCAUCACCCUCUUUGACUGCUAGCGGGAAAGAUGAUUACGACCUCAAAUAUGGAGUGCUAAAUGAUGUCCUCAAUGUACUUGACCUUGAAAAUAGGUUGACUGGUAAAGAGAAAAGAGUGGGAGGAUUUGAUUUAAUCUGGGAUGAUGGUCCGGUGCUGGCAGAUGAUGGUAGUAUGGAAUGUUCGGUGAAUGGUACCUCAACAACUGCUAAUUCUUUCCUAGGUUGUCAUUGUGAAAGAAAGAAACAAUUACGAGAGAUUUACACAGCGGCCCAGGCUUUAAAGAAAACUGCAGUGUCCUGAUGGAAGGAAAUCAUGUGUUUGAAAUAGAAAAACUUACUGUUAUAGAGGCACAGAUCCUAUUGUGAUAUCGGUCUGUGAGAAAUGUGUCCUUGACCUUGAUAGCGUUUGUUGGGAGUGAAUUUUGAUAUUGGCAAAAUGGUCAACCUGCAUGUGAAAGACACCUUACUGGUCUUCCUUAAAAUCUGCUGGAAUAUGCAUCAAUACAUUUAUUGCAGAAGAGAUAGUAAUUUAAGAAUUUUCCCUAAAACCAUACUGAUAGUGUGUUGCUCAUGUUGCUUUACAAAACCUGAAUGGUUCUAAAUUAUGACUUGUAAAAUUUAUAAAGUAUAGCUUCUGCAGAGCCACCCUCUGUAUAGCAAUCACCUCUUUAUAACAGCAACAUUAUUUCUUGACAAAGUAAAGAUUUCCGCUACAUUUUACCUCUUUAGAGCAACAAUCAAAUUAUUUGUUUCCCAAAGGGUGGAAUCUCUGUAGAGGUUAUACUUUACUAUAUGUAUUAUACAUGUUAAUCUUUAUUUAUAUAUUUUCAACCCCUUUUCAAUAAUGAUAUAAUAUGUGGUCCUGGAAUAGCUCCCAAAAAUACACUGGGAGAUGAUAUUUAUGUUGACUGAAAAAUAAUCUAUUUUUAAUUUUGACUGAUAAGUUACUAGUGUGUGAAAAGAUUGCAAGUUAAAGUACAUGUAUAUAUACAAGUAAACAUUGUUUUGAAAGCUUGAAAAUUUAACUGUUAAUGUUGAGAUGUUGUAUAGCUUAAAGGGGCUUCACUGAGGUUUUUAUGCUCCCCGAAAAAUUUCGGGGGGAGCAUAUAGUCGGCGCCUUGUCCGUCUGUCCGUCCGUCUGUCCGUCCGUUGUCUUGUCCGGAGCAUAACUUGAAAACCCAUGGAGAUAAUUUGUUGAAACUUCAUACACUGGUAGAGGGCAUUGAGGGGGAGUGCAGUGUCAAAGAAACAUAACUCUAUUUUGCCCGGUUUUUGAAUUAUCUCCCCUUAUAGAAAAAUCUUGUCCGGGGCAUAACUCUAAAAUUAUAAGAGAUAUCAACAUGAAACUUUGUAGGUGAAUAGAUCUCAAUGGGUAGAUGUGCAGUGCAUAAGAACAAUAACUCUUUUUGUCCUAAUUUUGGAGUUAUUGCCCUUUGUUAAUUUCAACACUUUGAACUUUGUCCUGAACAUAACUCUAAAACUAUAAGAGAUAUCAAGAUGAAACAUUGUAUGUAGAUAGAUCUCAUUGAGUAGAGGUGCAGUGCAAAAGAACCAUAACUGACUGUUAAGCCUCAUUUUUGAAUUAUCUCCCCUUAUAGAAAAAUCUUGUCCGGGGCAUAACUCUAAAACUAUAAGAGAUAUCAACAUGAAACUUUGUAGGUGAAUAGAUCUCAAUGGGUAGAUGUGCAGUGCAUAAGAACAAUAACUCUUUUUGUCCUAAUUUUGGAGUUAUUGCCCUUUGUUAAUUUUAACACUUUGAACUUUGUCCGGAACAUAACUCUUAAACUAUAAGAGAUAUCUAGAUGAAAUAUUGUAGGUAGAUAGACCUCAUUGAGUAGAGGUGCAGUGCAAAAAGAACCAUAACUCUGUUAAGCCUCAUUUUUUAAUAAUCUCCCCUUUUAGAAAAAUCUUGUCCAGGACAUAGCUGUAAAAUUAUAAAAGAUAUCAACAUGAAACUUUGUAGGUAGAUAUACUCAAUGGGUAGAAUUGUGCAGUGCACAAGAAUCAUAACUCUGCCUUGCCUAAUUCUGGAGUAAUUGCCCUAUUUUUAUUUUUACUUUUUGAAGUUAUCCGGGACAUAACUCGGAAAUCAUAAGAGAUAUCAUCAAGAAACUUUGUAGGUUGAUAGAUCGCAUUGAUUAGAAGUGUAGUGCAAAGAACAGUAACUCUGCCUUGCCUAAUUUUGGACUUUAAACUUUUUCCAGGGACAUAACUCUCAAACUUCAUGAGGUGUACUUUCCUGUGUCCAAAACCUAUUCGGGGAGCAUCACCCGGCUCAAACCGGGCUCUUGUUUUUUUUGACGCGAGACUGGAAAUAAUUUUCAAGAUCAUCAUUCCAUUUGAUGUAGGUCUAGACCAUUUAGCUCUGUGCAAAAUUUCAGAUCAUUCCCUCACUCCAUUUUUCCAGAU